AUGACAUAUUUUGUUUACAGGAAAAUUAAUAGUUAUAGUAUUGGGGCUGUUUACAUUAGCGUUAGGAAUUAUACUAUCGUCCAUACCAUGGUUGGAUUAUCUAAUACUAAAGCUAAUGGAACGCUUAGUUAUCAUUAUUGGCAGAGACCGGGAGUUAUACGUUUAACCAAAGUUUACAUAUUCAACGUAACUAAUCCGGAUGGUUUUUUAAAUAAUAAUGAAAAACCAAAAUUGGUCGAAGUCGGACCCUUCGUUUACAGGGAAGACAUGGAAAAAGUUAAUAUUAAAUUUUACAAUAAUGGUACGGUGUCAUUUCAACAGAAUAAAAUACUUAGAUACGUUCCCGAAUGGUCAUCGGGAAAUAAAGAGGAUAAGGUUGUCGUACCGAACAUACCACUACUCACUUUGGCAACGUUCACGAAAGAUUUACCAUGGAUACUUCGAACGGGAUUAUCCGUCGUAUUAGGUUCAAUGGAUUUAAAACCUUUCGUGUCAGUAACACCUGAAGAAUUAGUUUUCGGUUACGAUGACAUCCUAACAAAAUUAGCACAUAAAUAUUUUCCAAGGAAUAAAAGACCAAAUGAAAAAAUGGGUUUGCUGUUGGGAAGGAACGGAACGCUUCGAGAAAUUUCCACGAUAUUUACCGGUCAUACAAGCAUGGAAGAAUUUGGUUUGCUUAAUCGCGUUAACGGUUUAGAUCAUUUGCCAUAUUGGAAAAAACCACCGUGUAAUUCGAUAAAAGCAUCAGAAGGUUCAUUUUUUCCACCACGUGAUUUUACUAAAUCCGAUAUUGUACACGUGUACGAUAAAGAUUUAUGCCGAAUUUUACCGCUUAAAUAUAGAGGAGACGUUAGUAAAUUUGGUGUUACUGCUGGGUUGUACACUCCGAGCGAAGACGCUUUAGAAACUCCGGAAAAAAAUGAAGAUAAUAAAUGUUAUUGUUUAAACGUUGGUAGUUAUUGUACUCCGAAAGGACUACAAAAUAUUAAUCCGUGUCAUUUUCAAGCUCCAGUAUUUUUAUCGUAUCCUCAUUUUUUACAAGCUGAUGAAUCGCUGUUGGAUGCUGUGGAAGGAUUAAAACCUGACGUCGAUAAACAUCAAACAUAUUUUAAAAUCCAACACAAACUCGGAGUGCCUUUGGAAGGUUUGGUAAGAGUUCAAAUGAAUUUAAAAAUUUCGAGAGUGUCGAAUAUAAAAGUCGUUUCGAAAUUUCCCGACAUAAUUUUUCCGAUAAUGUGGAUAGAAGAAGGAAUCGAAGAAUUAAGUCCCCCCAUUAAAAGAUGGGUUUAUCUCGCGACGACAUUUUCCGACGUGGCCGUACCCGUUUUCACAUACGGAUGCAUUUUCCUCGGCGGUUCCAUACUCGUUUUCAUAUUCGUUAAAGCGUACAAAAGUAUUUUAUUUGCCGAUCCGAGAAUUGAAAGGGGCAAAGAAAGGCUCACGAAAGAAUUGAGAGAUAUUAGACGUGGCAGUAGUUUUUUAGUUAACGGUCAACCCAAAUUAUUAAUACUUAGAGAUUCUUAUACGUUGUUAAAUAAUAUUAAUGGAGAUGGUGCGACGACGGAACAAGAACCCUCGGAACCGUGGCCGUUAAAACCGACUUGA